CCGUAGAUCUCACUCCCAUCGAGGCGUGUUAGAACAACACGCAAGUCAUUCUUCUUUUCCGUGUAGAAGUGUCGACACGUGUUCGGAGAGCAUUCUCUCCAUAGCAGACUCAGGAACGAUGAGGAUGGGAGCUGUCCAUGUCCUGCUGUGGAUCCUUGUGGUUUUGUUGACAUGCAUCCUCUCAGAUUUCUGGAAAAUCCAUGCUGCCAUGUCGUAUAGCCUGCUUUCACACUCCUGUGGGUCAAAUGCCAUUCAGAUGGACUGGAAAUCUAUGAUGUGGUUCGACCAAUCAGACUCCAUGACCUUCAUAAAAGAGAUCUAGAGUCCUCUAGGCCUGAUAAGGUGAAAUAUGCCUUGAGUCUUGGUGGAAAACAGAUCGAGAUGCAUCUUGAGAAAAACACGUAUAGAUGAAUUUAUGACUUCACUCUUGGUGUCCAAGUGUUUUUCGUUUUUUUUUUUAUCUUUCCAACUACAGGCAUCCUUGUUUUUUUUGCUUUUUUUAAUAUUGCAUCAAAGUUAUGUUAAAAUAACAAAUGAAAUGCCUGUAGGUAAUAACAUUGCUUCAGUAUAUUGCUAUAAUCAGUAUAUCAAAGUCUAUGAAUAAUCCUAAAAAGUACAAUAUGUAAUAAAAUACAUAAAUGAAUUGCAAUUAACAAAAUCGGACAUGCUGGAUCAAGUGCUAUUUUGUAAGAUGGGGUGGAAACCAUAUUGUAUAUGCUGAUUUUUUUUUUUUACAUUGUAUCCCAGGCAUGUUGGUUAAAUUAGACCCAUUAAAACCACCAAAUAUUCUGAAUCUUUUUCUGGAUUUGACUGGGAAUGUAAUUUCCUCAUAAUUCAGAUUGAACAAAUUGGUGGGAGAGGGGGCGUUCUUUCUACUUUACCUUUUUUUUUCAUUACAGUCAAUUUAGUAUAGCUUUUAAACAAAGAAAUAACUUUGCAGAAAUAAAUGUAUGUAUUCUAAUAUAAUUGUAUGUAUCUUCUGCCUGUGUUUGGGUUCUACAGUGAUUUUUUAAGUAAAGAAUAUACUGAGACUUAUUACUUGAGUGAUGGUACUCCUGUCGUGACUAAACCUGAUAAAAUGGAUCUCUGCUACUACCAGGGGAAGAUCAAGAAUGAUAGGAACUCGAUGGUCAGCAUAAGCACCUGUGAUGGAUUACGGGGGUUUUUCCAGACUGCAGAACAGAAGUUUAUCAUCGAACCUCUGACGGAAGACAACGAUGGUGACCAUGCGGUGAUAAAGUUCGAAGAUAUGAAUAAUGCGCCUUCUCUAUGUGGAGUGACCAACACUACCUGGAAGGAUGUUCCUGAAGGUUUCCCAGGCACUUCCUCUGGCAAAUCUAAAGCUCGUAUGUCAGGCCUAAGUAUGUUGUUGCAAAAGAAAUACAAUGAGGUCAUCCUUGUCGUGGACAACAGAAUGUAUGUAAAGAUGAACAAGAACGUCACCGAAGUGAGACUGAAGAUCUUUGAUAUUGUCAACUUUGUGAAUGGGGUGUAUAAACCAUUGAACACUUUUAUCGCUCUGGUUGAUCUGGAAAUAUGGAACGAUACCGAUAAGAUAGCGGUGACCACUCCGGCCGGAGAUACGCUGACCGCGUUCACCAAGUGGAGAAACGACGAUCUGAUGAAGAGGAAGAAGCAUGACAAUGCGCAUCUCAUCACCGAUAUCGACUUUGAUGGGGCGACAGUAGGCCUGGCUUACGUCGGCACCCUGUGCACGGACUCCUCUACCGGAGUCAUCCAGAACCAUAAUACACGAUCCAUAGCUGUCGGUGCCACCUUGGCACAUGAGAUGGGACACAACCUGGGUAUGAGCCACGACAACAGCUUGUGUGCAUGUGCCGGGGCCAGUUGCAUCAUGGAUGCCUUUCUGAGCAUCAACAUCCCACAAUUCUUCACAAACUGCAGCAUGAAAAACUAUGAGCAGUUUCUGACCUCACGCUACCCCGAGUGUCUCCUCAAUAAACCACAAGCCAAUGACCUUCUCCAGCCCCCAGUGUGCGGCAACGGCUUCCGAGAGACCGGGGAAGACUGCGACUGCGGAACUGUGGCGGAGUGCACCAACCCAUGCUGCAAUGCCACCAAAUGUACCCUCACAAAAGGCUCGAUGUGUGCAGAGGGAGAGUGUUGCUACAACUGCAAGAUCGCAGAUUCCGCCCUGUUGUGUCGCCCCAAGCGUGACGACUGUGACCUGGCUGAGUAUUGCUCUGGAAGUUCGAGCUCAUGCCCCGAGGAUGUCUUCUCCGUGAACGGUUUGCCAUGCAAGAACAACACUGGCUACUGCUUUAACGGCCAGUGCCCUACACGGGAUGGGCAGUGCAUCAAAAUGUGGGGAUCGGGUGCGGUGGUAGCGAGUGAUUUCUGCUACAGCCAGAAUGUAAAGGGAACUUUCUAUGCCUUCUGCACACGACCUGCCAAUGAGCAGUAUAUCGGGUGCCAGACACAGGAUGUAAUGUGUGGGAAGCUUUUCUGUGACAAAGGCCAGACCAACCCAAUCUACGGUCGCUCUGUCACAUUCAGCAAUUGCAAAGCCACGUUCUACAGUGACAGCACCCAAGAUUUCGGGCAAGUAGAUGCAGGAACCAAGUGUGGUGAUGGGAAGGUGUGUAGUAAGAACCAGUGUGUUGGUUUGGACAUGGCCUACAAUGCAACCAACUGCACAGCUAGCUGCAGUGGCAAUAGGGUGUGUAAUAAUAAGAUGCAGUGCACUUGCGCACCUGACUGGCUCCCACCUGACUGUGUACUACCAGUCAGAAGAUCUCCGUCUACAGAUACAAGUCCACAUUUGGCUACAGGCAUCGCUGUAGCCGUCUUUGUCCUACUGGGGGCUGUUUUGAUCGGGGUGACUGUCUAUUGCAUUAAGUGCAGGAAGAAACCAAGCAGUUCAACAACAGCAAACCGUUCAGCCAUAAAGGUCUAAUGCUCUUAUCUUCUUCCGAGAAUUGUGAGAAAACAGUCUAUGUGAGAGGGUCAUACAGAGCCCCACCAGCACUGAAUAGGAUUACACUUUUUUGUUUUCACAAAAAGAACUUGAAGAGGACUAAGCCUGGAAAAUGAUCAGAUAUCUCAGAAAAGAUCUACCUUUCCUGGAAACCUUGGUUUAAACUGUAAUCUACAUCUUGACAUCGAGCAGUGUGUGAACCUUCUCACAAGAUCUUAAACGAAUGUGCAAAAUGUUCAAUCACCAGAACCAUGGCUGUGUCUAAACACAAAGAAUCAAUGUAUAGUCUGUUGGAUCAUCUCUUGAAAACCCUAUAGUUUAGAUCCCCCAUCAACAGGUCUUCUUGCUAAGUUCCCUGUACACACUGUGACCCUGACUGCACGUAAAUGAAUGAAUGAAUUAUGUAAUUAAUGAAUCAAUUAAUUAUUAAAUAAUGAACGGAAAUAAUCAACGUUCAGCACGUUAGGUACACUAGUGAGUUUCUACUCUUUUGUCCUCAGUCGUCUUACAGUAUCUGGUUACAGUCCAGGGACACAAACAGGUUUAUAUCUCUUCGGUCUCAGGUUUCUUAUAAGCAUGCAAUUUGGGGAAACAAAACAACAUUUUCUCUUAUGCCAACCUGCCUUUAAAUACCGCCGAUCCCCACAUUGCGAACGACCAUUCGUACCAUGAAUUCGUUCAUAAGUUAUUACUUUGUUCGUUAUUGACUACGCAUAUCUCUGAAUGAUGUAAGAGCUAUAAAUACUAUCAAAUAAACAAAAAAAUAUACUAAAAUUAAUGGGAAUAAUGGAAAUACUCUAUACAAUAUUUUUUAUUAGAUAAUUAAAAAAAAGAGAAAAUUAAUGAAAAAUAUACUAAAUACUAUAUAUAUAU